GAAACUAGAAGGAAUAAGAAAUGGUGGAGAGAAUAUGUGAAAUGUGGAGAGAAAUGAAAGAUAUAACGGCAAUGGUAGUGGUUCAGAUAGCUUCGGCAGGGUUAAACAUAUUUUUCAAGCUAGCAAUGGAUGAUGGUAUGAACCCAAGUGUACUCGUGGCCUAUCGUCUCUUGUUUGCUACACUUUUCAUGCUUCCUUUGUCCUUCAUCUUUCAAAGGAAGAAGAGGCCAGAUUUUUCAUGGAGGCUCAUGUUAUUAGCAUUAAUCUCAGGAUUACUCGGGAUGGAGAAUGUACGGCUUGGAUCGAGCGUAGGGUUGGCUAAGGUUUUUGGAACAUUGUUUGGUGUUGGUGGAGCUCUUGUCUUUAUAUUCUAUAGAGGGAUAGAGAUUCAUCCAUGGUCAACUCAUGUUGACCUAGUGAGCAAACCACGUGAUGCUACCACUCACCAUAUUUCCAUCCUUGGGGCUCUUCUAGUCUUUGGUGGUAACAUUUCCAUCUCACUUUGGUUUUUAUUGCAGGUUAAAAUAAGCAAACAAUUUGGAGGGCCUUAUUGGAACGCGACACUAAUGAACAUGAUGGGAAGCGUAGUGGCUAUGCUUGUCGCUCUUUGCUGGAAACGCGAUUUGAAGGAAUGGAGAUUAGGAUGGAAUAUAAGACUCUUAACCAUUGCUUAUGCGGCAAUUGUGAUUUCCGGGAUGGUGGUAGCAGUCAACGCAUGGUGCGUCGAGUCUAGAGGGCCGUUAUUUGUAUCGGUAUUUAGCCCUAUAGGACUUGUGAUCGUAACUCUUGUUGGAUCAUUAGUUCUAGAUGAAACACUUCAUUUGGGGAGCCGUACCAUUAGGCUAAGAAGCUUUGGUCUAUAUGGUCCUAUAUGUCCUUUCUGUUCUAGAGAGAUCAAUCUUCACGAUGAGCUUGACAUUAUGAGGCCAAGCCGACCUUAUUGGGAUACCGAUACCGAUUGGAUCACUCUCCAUCUUAUCAACGCACCAAGAAGUAACCGGUUCAAUCGUGAUGAUCUAGUUUAUAAUACCGACGAGGAAUUCGCUGAUGUUAUGCCUAGUGUACAGAUAGGUCCACCACCAGCCUCGCAAUCCGCCAUCGAGGCUUUAAGGAAGGUGACAAUCACGGAGGAAGAUUUGGUGAAAGAGAAAGUUUGUGCGAUAUGCAAGGAGGAAUUUGAAGUUGGAGAGGAAGGAAAAGAAUUGAAAUGCUUGCAUUUGUAUCAUUCAAGCUGCAUUGUGUCUUGGUUGAACAUUCACAACACUUGUCCCAUUUGUCGCUUUGAGGUUAACUUAGGUGUUUCCGAAUGUAACGUAGAUGAAGGAGGGUCUCACCACGUCGACAAUGAUCGAUCAAAUCGGUUUCGGACUCGAGUUUGUUCUUUGUGGCCUCUCCGAAUGAUGAUUGAUUGGGUACAUAAUCUCAUAGGCGAAGAAGAUCCAAAAUUUACUACAAUGGGAGGUGAAGGAGAAGAUCUAGAGCCACUUUUUGAUUAUCGUCGUGUUCAGCCAGCGAAUUUCGUUUGUAUUGAUGACGAUGAUGAUGAUGUUGCCUCGAAGACGCCGGUUCCGAAGAAAGCGAAAACUUCACAAACAGUUGAGAAGUUAGAUGAUGAUGUGAAAGUGAUUGAAGUGGCGGGUGAUGACGAUUGGUUGCUUCCUCCGCCAAAGGUUAUCUUCGACAAAAACAAAGAAUCUGUUGAAGAUUCAACUAUUAAAGCAUUGAGGUCGAAGAAGAUGGAGCUCAUGUCAUUUACAAAAACUGUAGCAGAUGUGAUGCAGGAAGUCGAGGAGUCUGCUAAAAGGGAAGUUGAAGAAUCUCGCAAUCCACCUUCAGAGGCUGCUGCUCAGUUACCACCAGAGCCUACGAAUGACAGGGCCAAGAUUGUCUUAACAAUACAGGACAAAGAUGGACAGAAGACAUUCCGGGUGUUUGCGGAUGAGAAGUUUGAGCGGGUUAUCAAACUGUAUACGGAUAAAGUUAAGCUUGACCCGCAAAAUCUUUACACACCAAACAAAGAUGACAAACAGGCGCUUAUCGGAUUUGGCGGUGAAGCUCAAAGCGUCUGCCAAAUCUGGAAUGUCGAUCCGUUCAACCUUUUGCGUAAACCAGAGUUUUUUGUACAUCAACAAGGGGACGAAUCUUUUAUAUGUUAUGGAUUGAGAAAAUGGAAAGAGUAUGUUCAUUCAGCUAAUUCGCUUUCGGGACGACAUUUACGUACUGUUUUAUGUGAUUCUUGUAAGAAUCAGCCUUGUGUUGUUCGAUGUUUUGACCAUAAAAUGUUUCUUUGCCAUGGAUGUAAUGAUAAGUUUCAUGGUGGUGGCUCUUCUGAGCAUCGUAGAAGGGAUUUGAGGUGUUAUACGGGUUGUCCUGCUGCUAAAGAUUUCGCGGUUAUGUGGGGUUUUCGAGUUAUGGAUGAUGAUGAUGAUGUUUCGUUAGAGCAAUGUUUUCGAAUGGUUAAACCUAAGGGACGAUCCGAAAUGAACAAGGUGCAAAGAGAAGGUGGUUUUAUCUUGGAACAGAUUCUUGAAUUGGAGAAGGUUCAGCUGAGGGAAGAGAAUGGUAGUUCUUCUGUGACAGAACAAGCUGAUCCAUCUCCAUUGGACCUUCCGAAGAAAUCUGAAGAACGGUUAAUUGAUCUUCCGCAGACCGGAAAAGAGCUGAUUGUUGAUUUUUCACACUUGUCCUCAUCUUCCACACUUGGUGAUUCCUUUUGGGAAUGCAAAAGCCCAUAUAAUAAGAACAAUCAGUUGUGGCAUCAAAAUAUACAAGACAUUGGAGUUUGUGAAGAUACAAUCUGCAGUGAUGACGACUUCCAAAUACCGGACAUCGAUCUCACUUUCCGAAACUUUGAAGAGGAAUUUGGAGCUGAUCCAGAGCCAAUUGCAGACAAUAAGAACGUCUUCUUUGUUUCUUCCCUAGACAAAUCACAUGAGAUGAAGACAUUUUCUUCUUCAUUCAAUAACCCCAUAUAUGCACCUAAACCCGCUUCAUCAUCCAUCUCAUUCUCAAGCAGCGAAACCGAUAACCCUUAUAAUCACACAGAGGAAGUAAUCUCAUUUUGUUCCCCUCUCUCUAACAAUGCACGUCAAAAGGCCAUCUCAAGGCUCAAGGAAAAGAAGAGAGCACGCGUGGAGGAGAAACAAGCUUAAUAUGGUCCCAAGAAAAUGGCAGAGUAACACAAUUUCUUGCAUCUCUUUGUUUAUUACAAUGCCUUUGUACAUAAGACACUAAUCUACCUCUUCAUCUUUUUUACAUGACUCAAUUUCUUGAAUGUGAAAUUCAUCACUUGUUGAUUAUUUUGUAAUCACAGACAAGUUUGAACCAAAUUCACCAGAAUUAACUUUGUAUCAGUCA